GCUGCUGCUCUGCAAAAUUCAGCUGCUGCCUCUGUCUUGAGGACCUCUGCCUCUUUACCCGGGGCCAUGCUGCCUGCAGCCACAGCCUCCCUCCUGGGGCCCCUCCUCACUGCCUGGGCCCUGCUGCCUUUUGCCCAGGGCCAGACCCCCAACUACACCAGACCCGUGUUCCUGUGCGGAGGGGAUGUGAAGGGGGAAUCAGGUUACGUGGCAAGUGAGGGGUUCCCCAACCUCUACCCCCCUAAUAAGGAGUGCAUCUGGACCAUAACGGUCCCCGAGGGUCAGACUGUGUCCCUCUCAUUCCGAGUCUUCGACCUGGAGCUGCACCCCGCCUGCCGCUACGAUGCUCUGGAGGUCUUCGCUGGGUCUGGGACUUCUGGCCAGCGGCUUGGACGCUUUUGCGGGACCUUCCGGCCUGCGCCCCUAGUUGCCCCCGGCAACCAGGUGACCCUGAGGAUGACGGCGGAUGAGGGCACAGGAGGACGAGGCUUCCUGCUCUGGUACAGCGGGCGGGCCACCUCGGGCACUGAGCACCAAUUUUGCGGGGGGCGGCUGGAGAAGGCCCAGGGAACCCUGACCACGCCCAACUGGCCCGAGUCCGAUUACCCCCCGGGCAUCAGCUGUUCCUGGCACAUCAUCGCACCUCCGGAUCAGGUCAUCGCGCUGACCUUCGAGAAAUUUGACCUGGAGCCGGACACCUACUGCCGCUACGACUCGGUCAGCGUGUUCAACGGAGCCGUGAGCGACGACUCCCGGAGGCUGGGAAAGUUCUGCGGCGACGCAGUCCCGGGCUCCAUCUCCUCUGAAGGGAAUGAACUCCUCGUCCAGUUCGUCUCAGAUCUCAGCGUCACCGCUGAUGGCUUCUCGGCCUCCUACAAGACCCUGCGGCGGGGCACUGCCAAAGAAGGGCAAGGGCCCAGCCCCAAACCGGGAACUGAGCCCAAAGUCAAGCCGCCCCCCAAGUCCCAACCUCGGGAGAAAACAGAGGAAACUCCCUCAGCCCCCAAUGCACCCGCUGUCACCUGCCCAAAGCAGUGCCGCCGGACAGGCACCUUGCAGAGCAACUUCUGUGCCAGCAGCCUGGUGGUGACUGCAACGGUGAAGUCCAUGGUUCGGGAGCCAGGGGAGGGCCUCGCUGUCACUGUCAGUCUUAUUGGUGCUUAUAAAACUGGAGGACUGGACCUGCCUUCUCCACCCACUGGCACCUCCCUAAAGUUUUACGUGCCUUGCAAGCAGUGCCCCCCCUUGAAGAAAGGAGUCAGUUAUCUGCUGAUGGGCCAGGUGGAAGAGAACAGAGGCCCCAUCCUUCCUCCAGAGAGCUUUGUGGUUCUCCAUCGGCCCAACCAGGACCAGAUCCUCACCAACCUAAGCAAGAGGAAGUGCCCCUCCCAACCUGUGCGGGCUGCUGAGUCCCAGGACUGAGACCCAGGCCAGCCCCGGCCCCUAGCCCUCAGGCCUUCUUUCUUAUCCAAAUAAAUGUUUCUUAACUGAGGAA